GGCCCGUAUGUAUUUUUCUAUUGCGAUACGCCACAUCAAGCCCCAAAAACGCGCGUAACAUAUGAACUUGAGCCAUGUCUUAUAAAACUUUUCACUUCCUCUUCCAUUCCAAUGUUUUAUUUCCUUAAGGUGUCAUAUGCACCUCAUCUUCAAUGUCUGGCAUUUCUGCUUGCCCGUCCUCAUCAUUAGUCCGCCCUACAUCGGAGACAUCACAAUAUAUUCAAUAAAUUUUACAUGAAAGAAAGGAAUUUAGAUGAACGUUUUGCGCCCUUAGUUCCACCCUGCCAGCAACUAACUCAACUCAGUCAAAACAAGUCAUUAUUUCCAUCUCCCUUAAAACAAACGAAACCUUAACCCCACGUCCUUAAAACACAUCUCCUUAUAUAUAUUCUUCGCUCCACGUCCGGCACUCAACUAAGAUAUCAUCAAUCUCCUUUCAGCUGGCUCACUAUUAACACCUUGUCCACCUACUUCUGCAUCACCAAAUCAAAUGACCAUUACUUGUCGAUAAAUCAUAUGAUUUUUUAUUUUUUUUCAAAUUUCAUUAUAUUUCCAUGAAGAAAAUAAUCGAGCUCAAGCAUGGGUUCUGCAGAAUUUUCUUCUGUUUUAGUAUUGUCAUGGCGUGUGCCACAGCACAAACAGAAACACUACCGCCACCACCACCAGAGCCACAAAUAAAAAUCAACCCACCUAUGGCUAUAGUUCUAGUUACCCUUAUUAGUGUCUUCUUUGCAAUGGGCAUAAUUUCAGUUUACGUUCGUCAAUGCGCUGAGCGCCACUUGGCCAACGACUUAGGAGACGAAAAUACUCGACGCGCCAAUCAAGCGCGUGGUUUAAACCCAGUUGUAAUAUCCUCUUUCCCUAUGUUCCUUUACUCUGAUGUGAAGGAUCUCAAAAUAGGUAAAUCAGUACUAGAAUGUGCUGUUUGCUUAAACGAAUUCGAAGAUAAUGAAACUCUUCGACUUCUUCCUAAAUGCUCUCAUGUUUUUCACCCAAAUUGCAUUGACACGUGGCUAAUGUCCCACAUCACUUGUCCUGUUUGUCGUGCUAAUUUAAUCCCAAAACCCGGUGAUUUUGAAAUAUUUACCGUUCCGGGUCAGUCACCCGACCCGGAAUAUGGUGACCCGGUCCAUGAAGUAAAUGACUCAGUCAUAGAUAUCAACAUUAUUGCUUCACCUGACAACGACAACAACAACAUUUCCACUGCAAUUCCACAAGUGGGGUCUGGAGAGGGUGGAGUGUACGUUGUUUUUGAUAGACCUUCGGCUCAAGACAUUAUUGCUUCACCUGAAGUGAUAAAUAUAGCACAAACAUCUCUACAUAAUCGUCCACCAAGGACAAAUUCGGAACAACAAAAAAUUACAGGAAAAUUUCCAAGGUCCCACUCGACCGGUCACUCACCGAUUCAACCCGGAGAAGAUUGCGAGCGGUUUACGUUACGAUUGCCUGAGGAGGUUAGAAACAAAUUGAUUAGCAACUCGUUGUUUACAAUGGAAAGAAGUAUGUUAAAACGGUAUAGAAGUAGUAGUGUGGGAACCGGUUCAGCACGAAUUAAUCAUGAAAAUUAUGAGCGGUUUAAUGAGGAAGGCCGGGUGGACCGGUGGGGGUUUAAACCGGUCCCACCUUUCUUUUCAAGGGGCGGUUCAAGCCGGUCUUCUAAGGAUGGUAACGGAGCUGGAGAUGAUAAAACGGCGGUUCCAAAAAAUUUGUUUAAGUCUGUUAAGUUGCCGUUUGAUCGCUUAUUUGAGAAAGAAAAAGAUAGUACUGGUGAACGAUCGUUUAAUAAACUUAGGUCAGGUAGUUCAAGCAGUUGAGAUACUUAUAUGAUAUUCUUUUUAGUCCUUAAUUUCGUUACACUAAUUUUUGUAUAUACUCAA